UUGGGUUCUGACUUUUGAUUGGGUUACUACUCCCAUUCCCGUUCUUUCUCUCUCUGGCCUCAUCGAAUCGACUCCACUCCGCCGGCCAUCCUUCUGUCUCCCCGCCGAUGGAUCCCUACGAAUACCUCAAGAUCUCCCGGAACCCAGAUGGCUCCAUCACCCGCCACGCCUCCAUUCCCUUCUCCCCCGCGAACCCCGACGCUACCCCCGUCCUCUCCAAAGACGUCCCCCUCAACCCCGCCCACAAGACCUGGCUCCGAAUCUUCCUCCCCACCCAAUCAUCGCCUUCCCCCGAGAAGCAGCUCCCCGUCGUCUUCUACUUCCACGGCGGCGGCUUCAUCCUCCUCAGCGCCGGCACCACCCUCUUCCACGACUUCUGCGUCAAAUUAUCCGCCGAACUCCCCGCCGUAGUCCUCUCCGUCGAGUACCGCCUCGCCCCGGAGCACCGCCUCCCCGCCGCCUACGACGACGCCGUCGACGCCCUCCUCUGGGCCUGCGCCCAGGCCCUCGGCCCCGCCUCCGCAGUCGGCGCCCGCGCCGACUUCUCCCGGUGCUUCCUGAUGGGCAGCAGCGCCGGCGCCAACAUCGCCUACCACGCCGGCCUCCGCGCGAUGGCCAUGGAUCUGAACCCGCUGAAGAUCCAAGGGCUCAUCUUGUACCAGCCCUUCUUCGGAGGGAAAGAUAGGACGGAGUCGGAGACGAGAAUGGCGGAGGACCCGGUUUUGGCUCUACCGGUGAACGAUUUGAUGUGGGAGCUGUCGCUGCCGGAAGGGGCGGACAGGGACCACGAGUACUGCAAUCCGGUGGUCGGGAAGACGGGGAGGGAGGGGGCUACCGCGGUGGCGGGGCUGCCGCGGUGUCUGGUGAAGGGGCACACGGGCGACCCGCUCCUCGAUCGGCAGAAGUUGUUCUUAAGGAUGUUGGAGAGGGGAGGGGUCGAGGUGGUGGCGUGGAUAGAGGAGGGAGGCUGCCACGGGAUCGAUGUGCAUGAUGCCAAGCAGGCCGAGAAGCUGCUGUCGGAUAUUCGAGGAUUCGCCAGUCUUGCCGCCGGUGCCGGCGCGGCCGCCGCCGCCGGUGCUGGUGAGGGUUAAUCGAAACGACAUGAGUAAGCGAACAAUAAUGAGAUCAUGCUAAACUUAAGAAAUUAGUUUGUGAUUCUUCUUCCAAUUUGUUUCGUCACUUAUUUUCCUUUAUGUAACUCACCUGGUAUCUCUUAUUUUUACGAUCGCAUUGCUAUUUUCCCUUUUACGUGUCUCUAA